UUCACUUCUGCAUAGUUCCUUGCUCUUCUCCGUAGUUCUCAAAACACCCAAAUCUUGCCUCUAUAUGUUGACAUAGUUGGUAUUUAAUGGAGCACCCAAAUCUUCCAGUACUGGACGAGCCGACAAUGCUGAGGGCUAGUCGUUGGAACAUAUGACUUGUAAUUUUAUGUGGAUUUGAUAAUUACUUUACUUUUUGCAUAAAGGUUGACUCUUUGCAAAUUUUAAAAAGCGUUGACAAAGAACGGAGUGGCGUGCAUUUCGGCGCUCGGUCGUCCUCCUCCUCCUCCCUCUUCCCUAUCGCCGUUUGCCAACACACGGCCGAAGACAGAGUCAACGCCAUCCGAUAAAAAAAGGACAGAUUUUUUUAUUUUUUGCUUCAGCUACAGCUUGCAAAUUGCAAUCGCAUCGUUGCCUUGGUGUAGCUCUCGCCUUCCCAUCAGCAAGGUCUUCUUAAGCUGCUCGAUCCCCCAUUCGCCCUUUUUCUCUUCUCUAACUGCCGGAUUGCUGGUCUCGCCGUAGCCCCCCAUUCACAGGUAAUGCUUCUUUCCCCUCCCCCAUUUCAUGCAAAAAAAUAUGAUCUUUGAGAAGAAAGUCGAUUCCCUUGUGGUGAUUGUGAAGGGCUUCUGCAAUGCCAUUUGACUUUAUUCGUGUCAGCAACAGUUGGAGGAUCCAUUUACUAUUUCUUGAGUUCCGGACAUUUUCCAUGACAGCUCGCAUUGGGUUUGAGUUCUUGUUUCAACAAAAUUGACGAUGAAGAAUCAAUAGAAAGAUUCAAAAUAUAUUACAUCUGUAGCUCAUACCUCUUUCCCUGAUAAUUUAUUGUUGUUUAAUUACUGUUAUUGAGUUGCACAUUUCAGGUGCUUGUUGACGGCCUGGUGCUCUUCGCAUGACCACUUUACUCUGCCUUCUGAUAUCUUGAAUCAGGUUGAACUUGCAAGCACCAAAAAUGUGUGAAGUCAUGCCGGGACCGCUGAACCAGAUUCACAAACAUGGUCUUGAUGUGAUCUCUGAGGAUGAUAGGAGAACUAAGAUUGAAUCGCUAAAGAAGAAGGCACAUGACGCUUCCACAAAGUUCAGGUCUUUGUCAAAAAGGCGUAGGAGAAGUAGCAGGGUCAUGUCUGUCUCCAUUGAGGAUGUUCGCGAUGCUGAGGAAAUGAAAGCUGUUGAGGCCUUUAGGCAGAUUCUCAUUUUGGAAGAGAUGCUUCCUUCUAAGCAUGAUGACUAUCAUACGAUGCUCAGAUUUCUCAAGGCCAGGAAAUUUGACAUUGAGAAAACAAAGCAAAUGUGGGCAGAUAUGCUCAAUUGGAGGAAGGAAUUUGGAGCUGAUACAAUUUUAGAGGACUUUGAGUUCAAGGAACUUGAUCAAGUCUUAGAGUACUAUCCACAAGGUCAUCAUGGUGUAGAUAAAGACGGCAGACCUGUCUAUAUUGAAAGGUUGGGUCAAGUUGAUGCCAACAAGCUGAUGCAAGUCACAACGAUGGAUCGAUAUGUUAAGUACCAUGUAAAAGAGUUUGAGAGGACUUUUGCUGUCAAGUUUCCGGCUUGUUCAAUUGCAGCAAAACAACACAUUGACCAGAGCACUACCAUCAUUGAUGUUCAGGGAGUGGGUAUUAAACAAUUCAGUAAAGCAGCAAGAGAUCUUAUAGGACGUCUUCAAAAAAUUGAUGGUGACAAUUAUCCUGAGACCUUGUGCCGCAUGUUCAUCGUCAAUGCAGGCCAGGGAUUCAGACUGCUUUGGAAUACCAUAAAGUCCUUCCUAGAUCCCAAAACUACUGCUAAAAUCCAUGUUUUAGGAAACAAAUACCAGAGUAAGUUGCUAGAAGUAAUUGAUGCCAGUGAAUUGCCGGAGUUCCUUGGUGGCACUUGCAACUGUGAAGGUGGAUGCCUUCGAUCGGAUAAAGGUCCAUGGCAGGAUGCUGAAAUCUCCAAGCAUGAAUCCUUCUCUCCCGAAGCACACUUAACAGCAGAUGAUAAGUGUUCUAUUUCUCCCAGCCCCCCAAGGAGCACUAUUGAGCACCCACAGAUGUCACCUGUACGGGAAGUAGACAGUACAAAAUGUCAGAUUACUCGUGAAGAAUUCCCUGCACCGUGUUCAUAUGGCGGUUUUGAUCCAUAUGUGGACAAGGCUGUGGAUACUAACUGGAGCAAAAAGUCUGACGUCUCUAAAGGUUCUUAUGAUGUCUCUGAAAUUUACAAAGGUCCAGAUGGAUUUAGUAAUCAGAUUUUAUCUGGAGCCAUAACGAUUGUCAUGGGAAUUCUCUCCAUGGUCCGUGUUGGUCAGAACAUGACACGGAAGAUUGUUGAUGCAGAGAUCGAUAACUGUUCUGGCAAAAUGCACCAGAGACAGCUACCAGCAUCGCCUGUCUCAGCAGUUGAAUAUUCAUGUGCAUUGAGACGCCUGGGAGAGCUUGAAGAGAAGGUAACUGUUCUCAGCAAUAAGCCCACUGAGAUGCCACCUGAGAAGGAAGAGAUACUAAAUGCUGCCGUUAAGCGUGUGGAUGCUUUGGAGGUGGAGCUUGCAGCAACAAAGAAGGCUCUUGAGGAUACUCUAGAGAAACAGAAGGAGCUUCUUGCUUAUGUUGAGAAGAGAAAGAAGAAAAAGAAGUUUAAUCCAUUUUGCUGGAAGGAAAAAACUCUGGUCUACUGAAACAAAGCAUGAAUCUGAAUUAACAAGUUGUCACCAUAAACAUCCAGAGUGUACAUUAAGUGUCACUUACGUUUGCGAGACUGAUCCAAAGUUUGAGUUGAGUAUCUAAGUCAUGACCUUUACUGUAAAUCAUAUUGUAUUGUCCUAAGCAAGUAUUUUUUGCGAUGUGAAUAAUUAUAAACUAAAUACACUAUUUGCUUCUGUUUUCAAUAAAUUAUACUUGAUGAA